CUGGUGUUCAGUUUUCGUGAAAACCAAAAAUUUUGAAUUCCCUUAGUUUUUAAGCAUUUGGCAAGGAAUGAAUUUAAGCGAUUGCAUAAAUAACUAUAUAUAUUUAACGGGCACCGAGGACUACGCCCUUAAUUUGACAAAGCUAUGCGAACGCUUUGCCUCGAAGGAGAAGCGCGUUUUGCUGAUCACCAGUCGCCAGCAGGGAAUUGCGAAGCGAUAUCCAUGGAAUUCGCCGAAUCGCAGCAAGAAUCUGACCAUUUUGCAGCUGGAUGUGGAGAGUAUGCCGCAUCGGAUGCUGGAGCUGCAGGAUAACACGGAGCCCUUCGGUCCCGAUUUGAUCGUCUUCGAUUUGCAGUCCCUGGUCCUGGACGCCCUACUGCGUCCGGUGAUGCAACAGUGCUCCACGGACAAAAUGGUGCGGCACAUUGCCAAAUGUUCGGCUUCCUUUGUCAAUUACCGCGAAAUCCUGACCAAUUUGGAUCUGCAGAAGGCCGGCAAAGCCAUUGAUACCAUUGUGGUUAUGUCCCAGGAACCGUAUCCCAUGUCACCGGCCCAGUUUAAGCUGCUCAUCGGCCUCUAUUUCCACGGCAACGAGUGCCACACGAACUUUGCCAAACUUUCGGGCCGGAUUCUGGUCUCACAGGGUUUCGCCUGACCGCAGGACGGGAUUCUGAACCACCAUUGUGCCUUCGACAGCUCCAUUUUGGUGUCUCCAGCUCCGGCAACCCAUAGUUUGCCCCCUGAAAUGCUGCCAGUCUGAUGAUCUUUGUUUUUUUUACCAAAAAAAAAAAAUUAAUUAAAUUUAAAUUGAUAAGUUAAUUUAUAACAUGGAUUUUGUUAUAUAGCUCAAGGCCAGGCGAUUAUUUAUAUUGGAAAGAUAUUGACUUACCUUUUCCAAAAGAAAAAAACCAUGUAGAAUUUGCUGUUAAACUAAAGAAUAUAAGAAUAUUUAAGUUAGCUAUGCAAAAAAAAGCAGUUGUACUUACAUCUUCAUUUCCAUUUGUAUCUUAAACAAAACAAAUACCCAUACGAAACUUGUAAAGCUAAACCAUAGUCCAAUAUUUAAGUUACUUAUGAAAAAGCAAGCAUUUGUAAGGUAUUAAAAGGUAUUUUUAUACCUUACCAAUAGGAAAAUCCUUAUGAAUUUUGAUAUAUAGCAACAGACGAAACAAAUAUUUAAGUUAUUCCUUUAAAAACUAGCUGCUGCUUAAUUUAAACAUAAUUUUAAGUGUCAAAACCAAACGCAGCUUAAAAUCCAUAAUCAGUUUGUAAUGAAACCAUAGGGAAUUUGUUUUUCAACCAGAGCAAAAAUUAUUUAUGUAAAAACUAGCUGCUGUUUAAUUUAAAUAUCAUUUUCGAUAUCGAAAAGGAAUAUUAUUCAUGUAAAAACCAUAAUUAAUGUAUAAUGAAAAAACUACUUUAUUUGAAACUGCAAA